AUGCACAGCGCGACAAAAACACCAGAAGAAGACACGCAGAUUGAACUCGCAGUCUAUUGGACGACCAUAGAGCUCAGUGACUUUGAUGCACUGUGGCAACAUGAGACCUUGUUGAGGUGCUCCCAGUGUAAAAUGGCUCACUACUGCAAUAACACAUGCCAGAAACAAGCCUGGUCUGUCCAUAAGAGUGAGUGCAAAUGUCUGAGGAGUAUCUUGCCCAGAAUACCCACUGACUCAGUACGUCUAGCAGCAAGAAUCAUCUUUGCCAUGUGUGCAUCUUCUAAGGGCAAUAGUGAGGAACUUUACACCUUCGAAGAACACAAAUCACAUCUGACCUCGAUGUCUGAACAGAAGAAAGAAGGUCUGUCCCAGCUGGCAUCCAUGUUACAAUUGUAUCUCCAACAGGAAGUCCCUACACUGGAUCAAGCCUCAUCAUUUCUGCCCCCCUCUUGUCAAGACCCCCUGGGCCUCAUGGGAAAGGUGACAUGCAAUUGUUUCACCAUCAGUGACGGGGAGCUGCAAGAAAUCGGAGUAGGCCUGUAUCCAAGUUUAUCUUUAUUAAAUCAUGACUGUGGACCAAACUGUGUGAUGGUAUUUGAAGGAACCAAACUCCAUCUCAGAGCUGUUAAAGAUAUCAAGUAUGGCGACGAGCUCACUGUAAAUUAUAUUGAUCCAUUGGAGCUUGCGGAUCUUCGUCAGAAGCAACUGGAAGAGCAGUACCAUUUCACCUGCACCUGUCAUCGAUGCAACUCUAGAGACAAGGAUGCACUCAUGUUGUCUGGUGAAGAAGCAACAUGGCAUCCUCUUAAAGAUGCUGUACCCAGACUGGAUGGACUGAGAGCAGAGUCAAGUAGACUGGAGCUUGUAGACCUGUGUAAGCAGCUACUGUCCGCUGCCGGUGACAACGUUCCAGAUGAAAACCUGUACAAACUCAAAGUGACAGAUUCAGCUUUAGAUGCCUGUGUUCAGCUUGGACUGUGGGUAGAAGCUUUAUCCUUUGGGCUGAGGACACUUCCAGUUUACAGAAUAUACUUUCCUGAUCCACAUCCAGUCCAUGGGGUGCAGUUGAUAAGAGUUGGGAAACUGCAGCAUUAUCUUGAACAUGUCUCUGAUGCUUUAGACACAUUCAAACAGGCCUUUGAAAUCCUGAAAGUGACCCACGGAGACGCUCAUCCCUUGACUUGUGAACUUAAAAUGAAGAUGGAGGAAUGUCACUGUGAAUUAAAUCAGCGACAAUAAAAACAAAACAAACUGUAUUUACUGUUCUAUUACUAUUAAUGCACUUCCUACAGUUGCUUGAAAAACAUUUUCGCUACCAUUAUACCUCUGUUAACAAUAUUUUAAUAAUGAAUAUUUUACACUUGACCUCUCUAUUUACUCUUUUAUUUGACAACAGAUGCUACUUUUUAGAAAAGCAUGUUUAAGUUGGUUUCAGGGCUAUGUAUUUAAAAUUUAACUGUGUAGUGAGCCCAGUGUCUCACGUUCUUUAAUCUACACAUACCAUCUGGCUGACUGACGGUUUGCCUGUAGUGUCACUGUGUGCUUGAAUGCAGUUAUGUUUUCUUUGUUAAGUCGGGCUCUCCAAACAGCCAUCUUUGCUCUGUACAUAUCCCUCACACAGACUUCCCACAGUAAUCCCUGCUUUGCUCGGCUCCUGCAUUGGUGUGUGCCUGCCUUUAUAAGUGCUGAAUGUCUGGCCUGGUAUGCACUCCUGUGUUACUCUCUCUCACAACUUCCCCGUGGUAAUCCCAAAGUUGUCCCGUCUGCAAACCGAUGACACCAUUUCCUCCUCUGUGUGCCUCUGUGGUUACAAGGGAUUAAGGCUAUAUUAGGUCUGCUUUAGAGCUGGGAAUAAUAGGAGACUUUUUCGGACAUUUCUUACCUAUUAGUCACUGCUCUAACUAAUAUUUGACCUAGAUUGAUGCAGCAUUUGUUUGUAUUUUAUGCACCAUGUGACCUGUCUCCAUGGAGAUAAAGCUUUUUCUACAAUGUUUCAUAGUCCUGUUCAUGCACAAGCAGGUAACACCAAGAUACAGGGUUCUUUCAAAAGACAAAACAAGCAAACUAACUGAACAGUGCAAGUUAUAAGUUAUCAUUUUAAUUCCAUACUGUGAAACAUGCAAAGCGAUCAUCUCCAUGCACCAGCACCAGAAAGUUACACACAAUGCACAUGGAGCUUAUCUACAUUAUUUGGCCUUUGGGGAGUUUGUCAGUGAUAAAAAAUAAUGGCAUAAAUAAUCAGGAAGAAAUCAGGCAUUUGUUAUCACAACACAGGACAUGCAUU